AUGAUAGUGAAGGUGGUAGUGGUGAUGGUCGUGGUAUUAAUGAUCAUGCUGGUGACCGUGGUGGUCACAAAGAUGUGGUACGACAUGAAGGUGAUGGGUUACAACCUCAUGCAGGCCAUGCGCUUCGCGGUGGAAGAGAUCAACAACCAAAGCGGCCUGCUGCCUGGUGUGCAGCUGGGCUAUGAGAUAGUGGACAUCUGCUACCAAACCAACAACAUCCAGCCUGUGCUCUACUUCCUGGCGCGGACGAACUACUUCCUGCCCAUCAUAAAGGACUACAGCUACUACAUACCACGCGUGGUGGCCGUCAUUGGCCCUGACAACUCGGAAUCCACCAUAACUGUGGCCAACUUCUUCUCCCACUUUUUCCUUCCACAGAUCUCCUACAGCGCCAUCACCGACCAGCUGCGCGACAAGCUGCGCUACCCCUCCAUGCUGCGCACCAUGCCCAGCGCCAGCCAUCACAUCGAGGCCAUGGUGCAGCUGAUGCUUCACUUCCGCUGGAACUGGAUCGUAGUGCUAAUGAGCAACGACGACUAUGGCCGUGACAAUAGCCAGCUGCUCCGAGAUCGCGUGGCCCGUGGCAAUGACAUCUGCAUCGCCUUCCAGGAGGUGCUGCCCACGCCGCAGGCCGACCAGGUCGCGACGGCUGCGGAGCUGAAGCAGCUGGAGAGCAUCGUGCGCAAGCUGAAGCAGGCCACGGCGCGUGUCGUGGUCGUGUUCUCGCCCGAGCUGGCCCUGCACAACUUCUUCCACGAGGUGCUGCGCCAGAACGUCACCGACAUCGUGUGGAUCGCGCCUGAGUCCUGGGCCGCUGAUCUGGUCCUGCACAACUUUACUGGGCUGCAGAAUACCGGGACCUUCCUUGGCGUCACCAUCCAGGAGGUAGCCAUGCCUGGCUUCAGUGAGUUCCGCGUGCGCCGCCCGGAGGCCCAACCAGAGCGGCCACCCAACAACACCCCGCGGGCCACCUGCAACCAGGAGUGCGAGGCCUGCUUGAACAUCACCAAGUCCUUCCACACCGUGCUCACGCUCUCUGGAGAGAGAGUGGCCUACUGCGUGUACUCGGCCGUCUACGCCGUGGCUCACGCCUUGCACAACCUCCUGCACUGCAGCCCUUAUCACUGCGCCAAGAAAACCGUCUAUCCUUGGCAGCUGCUGAGAGAGAUUUGGAAGGUCAACUUCUCCCUCCUGGGCAACCAGAUCUUUUUUGACGAGCAAGGGGAUGUGCCCAUGCACCUGGACGUCGUCCAGUGGCAGUGGCACCUGAGACAGAAUCCUUUCUGGAGUGUUGCCUCCUACUACCCCACGCAGCAGCAGCUGAAGAUGGUUAGCAAUAUCUCCUGGCACACCUACGACAACUCGGUCCCCAUGUCCAUGUGCUCCAAAAACUGCCAGCAGGGACAGAAAAAGAAGAACGUGGGCAUCCACCCCUGCUGCUUCGAGUGCAUCGACUGCUUGCCGGGCACCUUCCUCAACCAGACCGCAGAUGAAUAUGAGUGCCAGUCCUGCCCAGGAUCCACGUGGUCCAACAGGAAGGAAACCUCCUGCUUUAAGCGGAAGCUGGCCUUUCUCGAGUGGCACGAGGCGCCCACCAUCUUUGUGGCCGUGCUGGCCACCCUGGGCUUCCUCAGCACAUUGGCCAUCCUGAUCAUAUUCUGGAGGCACUUCCACACGCCCAUGGUCCGCUCGGCCGGGGGCCCCAUGUGCUUUCUCAUGCUGAUACCUCUGCUUCUGGCAUUCGGGAUGGUGCCCAUAUACGUGGGGCGGCCCACGGUCCUCACCUGCAUCGGUCGCCAGGCCUUCUUCACGCUCUGCUACUCCGUGUGCAUCUCCUGUAUCACCGUGCGCUCCUUCCAGAUUGUGUGCAUCUUCAAGAUGGCCAGCCACCUCCCACGCACCUACGGCUUCUGGGUCCGCUACCACGGGCCCUACGUCUUUGUAGCGCUCAUCACGGCGCUCAAGGGGGUCAUCGUAGCAAGCAACAUGCUGACCACCACCAUCAACCCCAUGGGCCACACUGACCCCGAAGACCCCAGCAUCAUGAUCCUCUCCUGCCACCCCAACUAUCGCAACGGGCUGCUGUUCAACACCAGCAUGGACCUGUUCCUCUCCAUGGUGGGUUUCAUCUUUGCCUACUUGGGCAAGGAACUGCCCAACAACUACAACGAGGCCAAGUUCAUCACGCUCAGCAUGACCUUCUCCUUCACCUCCUCUGUCUCCCUCUGCACCUUCAUGUCUGUCUACAACGGGGUGCUCGUCACCAUCAUGGACCUCUUGGUCACCGUGCUCAACUUCCUGGCCAUCAGCUUGGGAUACUUCGGCCCCAAGUGCUACAUGAUCCUCUUCUACCCGGAGCGCAACACAGCGGCCUACUUCAACAGCAUGAUCCAGGGCUACACCAUGCGGAAGGACUAGCGCCACCUCUGAGCCUGGGAUGGAGCACUUGUGCCGGGAGUGGGGCCAGGGCCUCCCUCCUUCAACGCCAAAGGAAUGAGUACAGAGCAGUCACCCCUGGCUGUCGCCACCUUGCCCUGCUCCCAUUUGGCAUUCCUCUGAGGUCCUCUGCCACCUGGUCACUUUUACUCACUCUGUUCCUUUCCCUUGAGCUAUUUCUCUUGCCAGGGGCUGCCGCCUGCUUUGAGAAGAAAAGACCCAGCUUGACCUACUGGUCUCUGAGGACAAAGUCUGUUUGUGUAGCCCACAGCCGCCAUCUGGCGGUCACGGGGGGCACCUGCCGUUUCGGCUCAUCCCCUUCUCACAGGUUCAUACUGGGGGUCUGGGCUGGGGCUGGUGUGAGCGCAGAGCACGCUGCCCAGGCGGCGUCAUUUCCCAACUGUCUCGUGCCUUGGUGUCUCAUCUUCUGUUCCUGAAGAGUUCAGUCCCAGGCGUCUGUGUUCUCAUGAAUGAAUGGGUGGACACAGUGGGCAUUUCUUAAGGGCUUGUGAAUAAACCUCACCUGGGUGAAA